GAAAAUGCCUGAUUGAAGUUUUGUUUUUUUUCUUCUCAUCUCUCUCCUGUUGGAUUGAUCGUAAUAUGAGGUUGUUGGUAAAGCUGUAGGCACUUAUUGUAAGAAUGGCAAGGAGACUGGGGGAUAAAAUCUGAAAAGAGCACCUUUUGCCUUUAAGAAGCAGCGCCCAGCUCGUAGCAAGGUUAAGGAAACAUUUUGGCUGAGGAGCUUACAGGGGAUAAAAAGGGAAGGUAGGAGGUGGGCUGCAGAAACUGACACCCCCUCCUAGAAUGUGAGCAGGGGUGGUGACUUAGGACAGCACAGAGAGGAGGGAUAUGAAGGUUCACAUCAGCUGGCUUUUCCAGCGCAGGAGGUCCUGCAUGAAAGUGCUUUCCAGCAUCAGCAGCAUCAGCAGGAGCAGCCGAGGCAUCUAGGAGCUGUCCACUUCAGCACCACAUCCCCAGCUCAACCGACAUUCAGCCUGAACAGCUGCAGCAUCACUUCCAUGCACAGCUACCAGCCCACCCUCCAAAAGAAGCCUGCCUCCCUCCCAGGACAUCCAAGUGGGGGCCUCAGUGUGAUCAUCUUCGGUUGUAGAACCAUGGAUUGCAAAACCCGCAGUCCUUCUCAAGCCAAACCUUACAGCAUCCAAAGGAGACUUGUGGUGUAAUCAACAGCAGGGGAGGAAUCCCACACUCCAACAGACAUCCGCACACACAGCUACAUACAGACACCAGAAGAGGAGAAGAGAAAUAUCUGUCAGGAGUAGGGGGCAAAAUAGAGGAGAGAAAGAGAAAUCAGGAUUCUUUAUUUUUUUUUCCUUUUUACAUGGCGCAGGCUGCAGAGCAAAAUAAGAAGAGCAAAAGCUGCAUUCCUAACCCUAUAAUCUCCCAUUGCCUUGGUCCAGAUGCUGAAGGCUGGUGAUAAAGAUGCUGCAUUUGUAUUCCUGCUGAACAAAGCUCCCCAAUUAGCCAACACUUAUGGAAACUGAAGAUCAAAAUUUCAGGAAAAGGGAUUAAAAACAUAAAAAAGGCUAUACCAUCUCUGUGUCUUAACACUGCUGCUCCCCCUCUGUGUAUGUGUCUAUCUAUAGAAUUCUCCUUUUUUAUUUUUUGCUACCUGCAUGUGGACAUGAUCUGAUGGACACGAAGCUCUCCAUCAAGAAGCCUUCCAGCUUUACGUUUGCUAUUUUUAUUUUUUGAUAUGAUACCUCAUCUUUUGGGCAAAGUCCAGCAUUAUUGCUAACUAAACCCACAACGUCCAGCACCUAUCAACACUGAUCCCCCCCCAAACCAGAUCACUGUUGGAUGUCUAUAGAAUGAAGAACUAUGGGUCUGUUUGAUAGAGGUGUUCAGAUGCUCUUAACCACCGUGGGGGCAUUUGCAGCAUUUAGUUUGAUGACAAUUGCUGUGGGCACAGACUACUGGUUAUACUCUAGAGGGGUCUGCAAGUCCAAAUCCAUAAGUGAAAAUGAAACCAGCAAAAAGAAUGAAGAAGUCAUGACCCAUUCUGGAUUGUGGAGAACAUGUUGCCUUGAAGGUAAUUUUAAGGGCAUGUGCAAACAGAUUGACCACUUUCCAGAGGACACAGAUUAUGAAGCAGAUACUGCCGAAUAUUUCCUUCGGGCUGUGAGGGCUUCCAGUAUAUUCCCAAUUCUCAGCGUUAUCCUGCUCUUUAUGGGAGGGCUUUGCAUCGCAGCCAGUGAAUUCUACAAGUCUCGACAUAACAUCAUACUGAGUGCUGGCAUCUUCUUUGUAUCUGCAGGCUUGAGUAACAUCAUUGGGAUCAUUGUCUACAUAUCAGCCAAUGCUGGUGACCCUUCCAAGAGUGACUCAAAGAAAAACAGCUACUCAUACGGAUGGUCCUUCUACUUUGGGGCUCUCUCCUUUAUUAUUGCAGAAAUGGUGGGGGUUUUAGCAGUCCACAUGUUUAUUGACCGACACAAACAGCUGAGGGCCACUUCACGGGCCACGGACUACCUCCAGUCCUCUGCAAUCACGCGCAUCCCAAGUUAUCGUUACCGCUAUCAGAGGCGCAGCCGCUCCAGUUCUCGGUCAACGGAGCCAUCCCACUCCCGUGAUGCCUCCCCUGUUGGGCUCAAGGGCUUCAGUACCCUCCCAUCCACUGAAAUCUCCAUGUACACGCUGACCCGCGACACCCUAAAGUCUGCUGGGACCCCCACUGCCACUUAUAACUCGGAUAACAGCUUCCUCCAAGUUCAUAACUGUAUACCCAAAGAUAACAAGGACUCUGUGCAUACCAACACAGCCAACCGCAGGACCACCCCAGUAUGAAAAAGGAUGGAAGAGAAAAACAGGGGGAUAAAAGAGAACAGAGGGUCAGAACGUUAAAGCAGUGUGGUCAAGUCAGAAGGAUCUGUGUAUCAAGCUUUGUCUGUGAAAUAAACAUUUUUACUACUUA